AGUCACGGACCAAAAUGGUGUCACCACUUAUCUUACUUCUAUUCCUAACUCUUCCUUUGCUCUUGUUUUUCUUCUUUUUUCAAAAACAUAAAACACUUAACAAGAAAAAAAACUUUCCACCAGGUCCUAAAGGGCUUCCAAUAAUUGGAAAUCUUCACCAAUUAGAUACUACUUCCCUUUAUCUUCAACUAUUUGAACUCUCAAAGAAAUAUGGUCCUAUAUUCUCCCUUCAAUUAGGUCUAAGGAAAGCAAUUAUUAUUUCAUCACCUAAGUUGGCCAAAGAAGCAUUGAAAAUUCAUGACCGUGAAUUUGCUGGAAGACCAAUCUUAAUUAGUCAGCAAAAAUUGUCCUACAAUGGAUUGGAGAUAUUCUUUUCCCAAUAUAAUGAUUAUUGGAGAGAGAUUAGAAAAACAUGCGUUUCUCAUCUCCUUAGUGCUAAGCGUGUCUCAAGCUUUUCCUCAAUAAGAGAAUUUGAGGUGAAGCAAUUGAUCAAGAAAAUAUCAAGCCAUGCUUCAUCAAAAACAGUGACAAAUUUGAGUGAGUUAUUGAUGACUCUAUCAAGCACUCUUAUAUGUAGGAUUGCCUUUGGGAGAAGGUAUGAAGAUGAAGGAGUUGAAAGGAGUAAGUUCCAUAGUUUGUUCAAUGAUUUCCAAGCCAUGAUGAUUACUCUCUUUGUUUCGGAUUAUAUACCUUUCUCGGGUUGGAUUGAUAGACUCAAAGGACUUCAUGCCCGUCUUGAUAGAAUUUUCAAGGAGUUGGAUGAGUUCUACCAAGAAGUUAUUGAUGACCACAUAGAUCCUAAUAAAGACACUUCAAAGGAAGAGGAUAUUGUUGAUGUCUUGCUUCAAUUGAAGAAACAACGUUCGUUUUCCUUUGAUCUCACUUAUGAUCACAUCAAAGCAAUAUUAAUGGACAUACUUGUAGCAGCAACUGAUACUACUGCAGCUACAGCAGUUUGGGCUAUGACUGCACUAAUAAAAAAUCCAAGAGUAAUGAAGAAAGUUCAAGAUGAAGUUAGAAACUUUGGAGGUCAAAAAGAUUUCUUAGAAGAAGAAGAUAUUCAAAAGUGUAUCUAUUUUAAGGCAGUAAUGAAAGAAACAUUAAGAUUAUACCUACCAGGACCAUUACUUAUGCCAAAAGAAACAAAUGAAAAGUGCAUUAUAGAUGGCUACGAAAUUCCAGCUAAGACUAUAGUUUAUAUAAAUGCAUGGACUAUUCAUAGAGACUCUGAAGCAUGGGAAAAUCCAGAAGAGUUUUAUCCUGAGAGAUUCUUGGGAAGUUCAAUUGAUUUUAAGGGUCAAGAUUUUGAGCUAAUUCCAUUUGGUGCAGGUCGUAGAAUUUGCCCAGGUAUGCAUAUGGCACUUGCAUCACUUGACCUUAUCCUUGCUAAUCUUCUUUAUUCCUUUGAUUGGGAACUUCCUGAAGGGGUUAAAAAUGAAGAUAUUGAUGUUGAAACUUUGCCUGGGUUGGCUCAACAUAAGAAGAAUCCUCUUUACCUUAUUGCCAAAACUAAGAAGGACUAAUGAUAUCUCACUACAAAGCAAGAGAUAAUGGCAAUUUCAUACGGGUUUUGUGGCAGUUUUUAACUGUCACUAAAUUGUUUAGUGGUGCUGGUGGAGCUCUAUCAUCCUUUGAGAUGUGUCAAAGCAUGUUUUUUUAUGGUUUCUAGCAACAGUUUGUAUAACUAUCGUUUAGAGUUUAAUUUGUUUGCACCAGUAAAUUUAUUUGAAUAGUGAAAUUAUUACAGAUGCUAUAUAUUUUCUUUUUUUUUUUAUUGAAAGGAGUUUU